AUGAAUUUCUCUGCAGAACAUACUUCUGUAAAGAAAGAAGAAGCAACUAGUACUAUUCCUUUCCCACCAAGUGGUUUUGCUCCACAACAAGUCGUAAAUGACGCUGCUCCAGAACACCACGAAACAAACCCAUUUUCCAAUGCUACUGAAAAUGAUGAAACUGAAGUCGGCGAUGUUGCCAUUCCCGUUCCUGCCACUGUGAAGAGAGAGGAUAGUGAAAAGAAAUUACCUCAAGAAUCGGAUCAAUCGAGCACACAAAAGGAACAACAAACUAACGAUUUAGCUAGCAAUCUGGAUAAUCUUUCUAUUCAACAGGGUCAACUGUUACCUGAACAACCAAAUGUUAAAGUUAUUACGCGUCAAAUCUCAAGUCACGUUGGUUUCGCAAAUUUACCAAAACAAUGGCACAGAAAAUCAAUUCGUAGAGGUUUCACUUUUAACCUUUUAUGCGUAGGCAAAUCAGGUCUAGGUAAGACUACUUUGAUAAAUUCCCUAUUCAAUGAAGAUUUUUCUUCAAUUGAUGCAAAUAAUGUGGUAAAUAACAGUAAUCAAGAAACUGAUAUUACUAAUACAAAUAAUAACCAAGAUGAUGAAGGUGUCCAGCCAAACGUAAAGAUCGAAGUUAAAUCUAAAACGUUAAUUGAAAAUGGCGUUAAAUUAAAAUUGACAGUUAUCGAUGCUCCUGGUUUUGGUGAUUCUAUCGAUAGUACAAAUGCUUGGGAUCCAAUUAUCGAUGAAAUCAAUUCAAGAUUUGAUCAAUAUUUAGAUUCAGAAAAUAGAGUAAAUAGAUCAGCCACUGAAGAUAACAGAAUCCAUGCAUGUUUGUACUUCGUUGAACCAACAGGCCAUUUCUUAACUCCAUUGGAUUUGGAAUUUUGUUCCAAGAUUCAUGAAAAAUGUAAUUUGAUUCCAGUAAUUGCAAAAUCUGAUAUUCUUACAGAUGAAGAAAUAGAAACUUUUAAAUCAAGAAUUAAGAAACAAUUAGAUGAACGUAACAUUCAAUUAUUUGAACCACCAAUUUACAAAUUAGACGAUGGAGAAACGAUAAAUGUUUCCAAAAAAUUAUAUGAAAUGAUGCCAUACGCAAUUGUCGGAUCAAAUGACUUCAUCAAAGAUCCAAAUGAUUCAAAUAAAUUAAUCAGAGCUCGUGAAUAUCCGUGGGGUGUUAUCGAAGUUGAAAAUUCAAAUCAUUCUGAUUUUACCUUAUUACGUGAUUUAUUGAUCAAACAAUACUUGGAGGAACUACGUGAAAGAACUGCAAAUGUACUUUAUGAAAAUUACAGAUCUGAAAAAUUAAUUAAAUUGGGAAUUAAACAAGAUAAUUCAGUGUUCAAAGAAUUUGAUCCAAAUAUGAGACAAGAGGAAGAAAGAAAAUUACAUGAAGCUAAAUUAACGAAACUUGAGGCAGAAAUGAAGAAUGUCUUUCAACAAAAAGUUUCUGAAAAGGAGAAAAAAUUACAGAAAUCAGAAACUGAAUUAUUUGCAAGACAUAAAGAAAUGAAAGAAAAAUUGACAAAACAAUUAAAAGCUUUGGAAGAGAAAAAACAUCAGCUUGAAGUAUCAUUAGCGAACCACAACACUGUAGCCUCACCUGUCCAACAAAAAAAGAAGGGUUUCCUCAGGUAA